UGGUCAGCACUGUGCUGAGGAACAUGUGCAGCUCUUUGAGCACAAAGCUUUUGGAGCCGUGCAGAGCACGAAAGUAGUGGCUUUUAUUAGUCGUGGCUUUGUUUGGUGUGCGUGUGUGUUUGCGUGCUGUGUGUGGUCUCAGAAACAUGCCCAAGACAGUCAGAAAAAACCAGGAGGCUUCUGCAGAAGGCGGAAACAAAGACAACGGAGCAGAACCAGAAGCAAAGAAAGCGAAGAAAGCGAAGGAACCCGAAGCCCCAGUUUUAUAUGAAGAUCCCCCAGAUAAACUGAUUAGCAAGGACGGCCGGGCAGCCAACAUGAAGAUAACCUCUUGGAAUGUCGAUGGCCUUCGUGCCUGGGUGAAGAAGAAAGGGCUUGAUUGGGUGCGUCAGGAGGCUCCAGAUGUGCUUUGUCUUCAGGAGACGAAGUGUGCUGAGAAAGCUUUACCAGGAGAGAUCACUUCUAUGCCCGAGUAUCCCUAUAAGUACUGGGCAGGCUCAGAAGAUAAAGAGGGUUACAGUGGAGUGGCCAUGCUGUGCAAGACCGAGCCUCUGAAAGUCACUUAUGGCAUUGGAAAAGAGGAGCACGACAAAGAGGGACGUGUGAUUACUGCCGAGUUCACUUCCUUCUUCCUGGUUACCGCAUAUGUGCCCAAUGCUGGGCGUGGCCUGGUUCGCCUCGACUACCGCAAAACGUGGGAUGUAGACUUCCGAGCAUACCUGAGCAACCUGGACAGUCGCAAGCCCCUGGUGCUGUGUGGUGACCUCAAUGUUGCCCACCAGGAGAUUGACCUGAAGAACCCUAAAGGCAAUCGGAAGAACGCAGGCUUCACUCCCGAAGAGCGCGAGGGUUUCAGCCAGCUCCUGGCCGCUGGCUUUACUGAUAGCUUCCGCGAGCUGUAUCCGGAACAGACCAACGCCUACACCUUCUGGACGUACAUGAUGAACUCACGGGCCAAGAACGUGGGCUGGCGCCUGGACUACUUCGUGCUCUCGGCUGCUUUGCUCCCAAGUCUGUGUGACAGCAAGAUUCGUAACACAGCCAUGGGGAGUGACCACUGCCCCAUCACUCUCCAUCUGGCUACAUAAACAUGUGACUACUUCCUAAGGGCAGUGCGUGUUUCACUUUUUUUUUUUAAACUAACUAGUGUAGAUUGAGGCAAACUCUAACAUCUGUAACUCUUUCCUGAAAUAUUUUACAUAUAUUAAAAAGCCCAGACCUAUAACUAGCCCAUUAGAGCAAGGUGGAACAGAAGGUAGUUUUGAUUCAGGGUUUGUAGUGUUUGGUUUUUUGCAGUUACCGUUUUCUUGUUCUGUGUCAUUUUUCUAAUCUCCAAAAGAAGCCUGACCUCCAAGGAUGGUGUAUGAUGGAGACUUUGAUGUGUCAGAAAAACACACAUCAGUCUUGUAUCAUUCCAUGAAGCAGAUGCCAUGAUGAUUUAACAUUCAAAUCCAUGGCAUGUGAAAUGAAACAAAAGCAGACCCCUUGUACUCCAGUUUAACAAAGUAUAGUUCAUGUUGCAUCUGGAUUGACUUUCACAAAAAUAAUGAAGCGUUACCAGCCAACGUUGAAUUUCUGAACAUUUUAAAAUUGCAUUAUUGAAACACUAUUAACUAGAGCUGUAUGACUUACCGUGAAAUAAUUCCCAAAGCUGUGGCCGAUUGACAGGUUUUCCAACCUGACUUUGUAUCUCUGAAUUAUAAUACUGUCAGAAACUGUAUAAGGUGAUGAGCGAACUUGGAUCAGUUUCUGGUAAGAACUUAAGAUUUGUUGUGUUCAUUUAACUCAAGCGUCAGCUGAAGUUGAUCAUCUUCACUGUGCUUCCUACUUUUAUUGCAAAAGUUUUUUUUUAUUCACUUCUAAAACAAAAAUAAAUUGAACAAAGGUGUUUACUGGUA